AAGCUUCCAAACAGUGGUGGAGCUAAUCAAUGUAACGUCAUGCAAAGCUGCGUCCAAUACAGCACAACAACUAAUAUAGAUGUUACUGGAAUUGUUGAAACAGCUGUGAAUGAUCAACAUGUUCGCUAACCUCGAGUUUUGUUUACGCUAGCUAGCUAACAGUAGUUAGCUACUUGAUGGGUUCGUUCGUAAUUCGCUCUGGCGUGUCUGACUCAGUGUGCUCAGCCAGGGUGAAUUUACGAACGCAGGCUUUAGCUAACCAUGUGAACCUUGUUAGAAGCUAGUUCGCACUCUUGCGCGGGGCAUAAUGUUUGCAAAGUGGAGGAUUCGAGUUUUGAGUUUUACACGGGAGUGAUGGCGGCAACGGACUGCUACAUCGUUCACGAGAUCUACAACGGGGAGAAUGCGCAGGACCAGUUUGAGUACGAGCUGGAGCAGGCACUGGAGGCACAGUACAAGUACAUUGUGAUCGAGCCCACGCGCAUUGGAGACGAGACGGCCCGCUGGAUCGCCGUGGGCAACUGCUUGCACAAGAUGGCCGUGCUGUCUGGUACCGCCUGCCUCCUGACGCCGCUCUCACUACCGCCCGAAUACUCGCGCUACGUAGCACUGCCCACUGGUGCCCUCAGCGUGGCAUGCUCCACACUCUAUGGAAUCUCCUGGCAGUUCGAUCCCUGCUGCAAGUACCAGGUGGAGUACAACAGCCAAAAACUCUCGCGGCUGCCCCUGCACACACUCACCACCUCCACGCCAGUGGUGCUGGUGCGCAGGGACGACAUCCACAGAAAGAGACUCCACAACACGAUAGCGCUGGCCGCCCUGGCCUACUGCGCCAAGAAGAUCUACGAACUCUACGCGGUAUGAGCACACUCUGAAGAGGUUUUUAAAAAAUAUAUAUAACAGGAAAAGAAAGAGUCCGCCAAGUGGAAGCCAUGCGCACAGUCAAGGGUUUGCCCCUAACCCCCCCACCCCACUUGAGCGGGCGCUUCAUUUUGAGCUUGUUUGAUGGAUAUAGUUAAAUCUAGAAGGAAUUAUUUUUACCUUCUAAUUUUCUUUACUUGUAAGUGACAUCACCAGUGCACUUAUCCAUAUGGAACCCUUGUGCCUCUUCCCCGUCCCUGUACCCCUCAAUACACUAAGUUAGUGCACAAGGGUAGCUAAGUAAAAAUAAAUAGACUGAAUCGUGUUGCAGUUGAAAUGGACAGACUUAAGUAUUACCAACAUUUGUCUAUUCCUUGUAGUUUUACUGUAUCCCUUUCUUGCUGAUCAGUACGUCACCCUUUCAUUAAACAUUAGAAUAUUUCAAACUCUCCUUUCUGUAUUUUAUUUUUCAUUAAAGAAAUUCUACACCAUGUCUUGAAUCACAAAGGCAAUAACACUACCUUUGUUUUCAGAUUUUUAGGUUUACCUAUUUUAGGUUUACUCACUCUUUGGAACAAAGACAAAGUCAAGACCUUUAAAACAUACUUUUUUGGUAAUCCCUCACCAGUCAAAGUUAAGGACAAGACAGACCAACACGAGCGCAGCAAGUCCUAUUGCCUUUAUUAAUUUCUCAACUACUCUACAUGUUGAUUCGCCACAAUUGUGUUGGUCUGUCUUGUCCUUUAUACACAUGCAGUCAUGGGUAAAAAUCCUGUCCAAAUGGAGCUCUUUGUGGGGACUUGCUGUGAGUGUAUGAGUGGGUUGUGUAUGUAAGGGACAUACACUAACCUUCAAAAGUUUGAAAUCACUUAGAAAUGUCCUAGUUUUGCCUCCCGGGUGGCGCAGUGGUUAAGGGCGCUGUACUGCAGCGCCAGCUGUGCCAUCAGACUCUGGGUUUGCGCCCAGGCUCUGUCGUAACCGACCGGGAGGUCCAUGGGGCGACGCACAAUUGGCCUAGCAUCGGCCAGGUUAGGGAGGGCUUGGCCGGUAGGGAUGUCCUUGUCUCAUCGCGCACCAGCGACUCCUGUGGCGGGCCGGACGCAGUGCGAGCUAACCAAGGUUGCCAGGUGCACAGUGUUUCCUCCCGACACAUUGGUGUGGCUGGCUUCCGGGUUGGAUGCGCGCUGUGUUAAGAAGCAGUGCGGCUUGGUUGGGUUAGUGUAUCGGAGGACACAUGACUUUCAACCAUCGUCUCUCCUGAGCCCUUACGGGAGUUGUAGCGAUGAGACAAGAUAAUAGCUACUAAAACAUUUGGAUACCACGAAAUUGGGGGUAAAAUUCAAAAAGGGGGGGGGGGAAGAAAUGUCCUAAUUUUUAAAGAAAACCAAAAUAAUUUUGUCCUUUAAAAUGACACCAAAUUGAUCAGAAAUACUUUGUAGAUAAUUGUUAAAGUUGUAAAUUACUAUUGUAGCUGUAAACGGCAGAUUUUUUUUCUGGAAUAUCUACAUAGGUGUACAGAGGCCCAUUAUCAGCAACCAUCACUUCUGUGUUCCGAUGGCAUGUUGUGUUAAACUUGAAUUAGCUAUCAUUUUAAAAGGCUAAUUGAUCAUUACACAAUCCUUUUGUCAUUAUGUUAGCACAGCUGAAAACUGUUCUGAUUAAAGAAGCAAUAAAACUGGCCUUUGGAGUA